GAGAGAGAGAGAGAAACUGCAAAAUCUGCCAAGCCUUCCUGGUGCGAGGAUCCUUGCCUUCUCUCGACACCAGUCUGUCGUUAAGAAACGAGAUGAGCUCGUGCAGUAGCCGAGCCCUCACACUGCUGUCCUCAGUGUUCGGGGCCUGCGGCCUGCUGCUGGUGGGCGUGGCCGUCUCCACCGACUACUGGCUGCUGAUGGAGGAGGGCAUCGUGCUCCAGCAGAACCAGACCACCGAGGUCAAGAUGGCGCUGCACUCCGGCCUGUGGAGGGUGUGCUUCGUGGCCGGAUCAGAAAAGGGCAGAUGUGUGGCAUCAGAGUAUUUCACAGAGCCAGAGAUAGAGAUCACAACGGAAAACACUGCUAACAUAUUGAAGAUGGUCAGGACGGCCACCCCCUUCCCCAUGGUGUCCCUGCUCUUCGUCUUUACCGCCUUCGUCAUCAGCAACAUCGGACACAUCCGCCCUCAGCGCACAAUCCUGGCCUUCGUCUCCGGCAUCUUCUUCAUCCUGUCAGGGCUCAGCCUGGUGGUGGGGCUGGUGCUCUACAUCUCCAGCAUCAACGACGAGGUGAUGAACAGGCCGCGGGAGCCCGAGCAGUUCUUCCACUACCACUACGGCUGGUCCUUCGCCUUCGCCGCCAGCUCCUUCCUGCUCAAAGAGGGGGCGGGGGUGAUGUCUGUGUACCUCUUCAUGAAGCGCUACGCCGAGGAGGAGAUGUAUAGACCGCACCCGGCUCUCUACCGCCCCCGUCUGUCUGAGUGCAGCGACUACAGCGGGCAGUUCCUGCACCCCGAGUCCUGGCCCCCCCCACAGAGGGGACGAAGUGCCUCCGAGGUCUCCAGCGACAUCUCCAUCCAGCUGAACCAGACGCCCCCGCCCCCGCCCAAAACCAACCCCCCGCAGAAGCCCCCCUCCGCCGCUGGGGUACUAGGGGCGUCCUCUGCCCCCUCAGCUGGGCCCAGCUACAAACUGCCCCCUCCCGUCUCCUACCCCCACUCCCACACCCUCCACUCCACCCACACCCUGUCCCACGCUCCCCCCUCCCACUCGGGCAACGCCCCCCAGUCCCUGCCCCUCGCCAUGCCCCCCUCGGCCGUGCCCCCGCCCCACUACCACACCCACCUCCGCAUGAGCGCCUCACCCUGUUAGAGAGAGGGAGUGAAGGGAUGAGAGGCACGCGGGCAGACCGGUGCACAGCCACACACUGUACAUACACAUUCAAAGGACUGAGAGAGAACGAGACCGAGGGCAGAGGGAAGAGGUAGACUGGGGAUGCAUAAUUCAUACAGGGCAGAAGGUGAGGACAGAAACGUCAACUUCCUCUGAAAGAGGCAGAAAGCAUGGAGGGGAUGAAUAAUUUCUUACUAAACCCCCCCCCCACUAAAAAAAAAAAAAAAAAGGACAGGGGAAGGAGAAGGGAGAGAGGGGUCAACACACAGGGAUACACUGGAGAGGG